AUGGAGCACGUAAAUGGCUCUGUCAACGGCUACGCCAAAACAAAGAACGGCCUCAACGGCGUGAAUGGCAUGAAUGGCUUCAGCUCUUCUAUCAACAGCCACACCGCGACACCCCAGAGGAGGUCAACACCGAAACCACGUCCUGGACGUCUCUCGUGGUUCUUCAGCGUGCUUGCUCGGUUAUUUACCUGGUACUCCAUCCUGAGCGUUCUCUUCCGAUGCCCUGCCACGCUCGAAGAAUGUACUGAUGCCGCGCCCCGGAUCUGCAAACCAUAUUUUCAACUCAAGCACGCCGUCUCUCCGCAUGUCGAGCCUUACUACAAUACCUACGCUGCUCCUUAUGUUGAGCUCGCGAGGCCGUACUACGAGACAGUCGACCAGAGAGUCCUGACGCCCUCCUGGGCUUAUGCCACCAAGCACGGAGCCCCUCGUGUCGCACAGGCCCAGGCGUUCGGCAAGGAGAAAUGGGAAAAGAACCUGCAGCCAGAGUUGGCCAAGUACCAGGCUCUCGCCCAGGUAAAAUACGAUCAGACCCUCGCUCCUCAUGUAAAUCAGGUGACCUCGGCCGUCGCACCGUACUACGAGGUUGCUAGGACGAAUGCUCUGCAGACGUACCACGACUAUCUUCUACCAAGUUACAUAUUUGUGCAGCCCUACGCGCAGCAGGGCUACACUGCCGCUUCGACAUUUACUACUGAGACUGCGAUUCCCUCGACUGUUUGGGCUUGGAACAAGACCCAAGUCUUCUUGGAUGGGACGGUCUGGCCCCAGCUGCGCUCCCUCUACACGGAAAAUGUCGAGCCUCAGCUGUUGAAGAUUGGCCAGCGACUUGGGCGUUACAAUGGUAACAACACCCAGAAGGCUACCGAUGCUCUUUCCAGUACUGCGGCAAAGGCAGCCUCCACUUUGACAAAGCCAACAUCAGUUGCGUCGUCUGCCUCUGCUACCCCCGUCUCUAGCGACGCUACAACCUCUUCCAUCGAGCCAAGUUCUUCCGAUGUCGCACCACCUAGCUCCCAAGAAGCCGCAGCUGAGACCGCUGAGACUGCUGAGACCGCGAAGACCAAGUUGGGCGCCGAGCAGGUUCCUGCCCCCGAUGUCGCUCCGAAUGAAAGCGAAGUCCGCCGAAUCGCACGCGAGACUGUUGCAGAGGAUUUGAAGGCGUGGCAGGAGAAGUACGCCAAAGCCGCAGAUGAAGGAGCCGCUGAAAUCGACGAUCGGAUCGAGGAGAUAGCCAAACGCAUGGUAGAUAGACAGGCCAAUACUAUGGGCAAGUCUUUGGUCCAGCAGCUGAAAGAGACUGUCGACACAGAGUUGGCAACGUUGAAGAGCGGCAUCCAGGACAUUGUCAGCGAGGUCAAGAGCAAUUCCGGAUCACCUGAGGCUGCCCAGGAGAAGGUUACCGCGGCCGUGCGGAAGGCUGGGCUGGAAAUCAAAGAAAAGUCGCAGGACAUCCGCAACUGGAGAGCCAAUUACGAGAGGGAGAUAGAGAUCAGCGUCACCAAGUUCGCCGAAGAUCAUUUCAAGAUUCUCGACAGCAUCCGCGACCUGGCGCUGCAGAAGAUUGGUAUGAAGUGGGCUUGGAUGGACGGUGUCACCUACAAGGACUGGGCCAAGUACCACCUCCUCAAAGAGCGCUUCGACGAAUGGCAGUCUGAACUCAAGAACCUGAUCACUUCCCACCCCGGACUGGAGUCUGCUCAGAACGAAGGGCUAGCUAUUGAAGGCGAGGCUAUGGAACUGGCUCAAUCCGCUGCCAAAGAGCUUGCAAGCCUGAAGCAGGUGGCAGGCUGGAAGAUCAUUGCCUUGGACGAUUCCAAAGAGUUCGACUCCGAAGUCACACGGCUCGCCGCCGAAGAAGCAGAAAAAGCGGCGGCUGCAUCUGAAGCUGAGAGUGCUGUGGAGGAUCCAGUCGGCACUGAGGACGAAGCGGCCGCUAGUCGUCUCCAACACAGCGCAUCCGAUGCAGCUGAAGGAGUCGAGUCUGUCGCGAGUGUAGCUUCUGAAUCGGCUGAAAGCAUUGUUGAGGAGGCAUCAACGUCGGUCCUUCCGAGUUCCGAAGACGAGGCACCUGAAGUCGAGGCCUCAAGCGCCAUUUUGGAGGAAACUCCAGUCUUUGUUGGUAACACCACCGAGGCCACUGAAGCCGCUCAGCCCGAUGAACCUGGUACUGUCCAUGUGCUGGUUGACGAGGUUGCCGAGCCCGUCGAAGCUGAUGUGUCAGCUGUUGAAGAACCCGAGGCGUCGUCAGCUACUGCUACUGUCAAAUCUGCGUUCUUGGGGGCUGCAGCUCAGUCGGUGCCCAGCCGUCAACCGAUACUGGAGGACGACGACAGCUUCGAAGCUGCCAGCAGUGUGAUCUCUGCGAUGCAAUCUGAUAUCCCAGCUACAAUUUCCUCGGCGGCUAGCUCAGCCUACUCCGCUGCUCUGGCCGGGGCUGCCGAACGUUAUUCUCAGGCGUUGUCACUGGUCUCUGCCAAGGUAUCUGGGACUCCCAAACCUGCGCAUGAGCAACUCCUUACCUCCGUCACUGCCGCCUACAGUAGUGCUGUUGCUGCUGCCAGCUCGCAGUUAGAUGCUGCACUUGGCGCGGCCCAGCAUGGUCUUUUCGCCACUACGACCACGAGUGCCCUCCCAACUAUUCCUACCCUUGUUGAUUGGGCUCACGUUGAGUCAAUCGCAGCCCAAAGACUAAACGACGGCAGGGCUUGGGCCGAAGCACAGUACGAGAGCGCUAAAAUUGCCAUCGGUGCUGCAACUCCCACACCAACCGACAUCUCUGGAACAGUCUCAUCUGUGGCCUCUGUUGCUGGAGAGUCACUAUCUGCAGUCACCGCCGCCGCGGGCCAAAAUGCUGAGAAGCUUUUGCAAAAUGCGCAAUACAACUAUUAUGCGGGGCUUGGAGUCGCACAAGCUCGAUAUUCUGAGUUCCUGGCCGCCGCGUCGAGUGCCUUUAGCUCUAUGACUGCAACGCCCACGCCGACAGAUCUGGCAGGUACUAUCUCAUCUGUUGCCUCAGUCGCUAGCGAAUCCGCUGCCUCGGCUGCUUCAGUCGCUCAGGAGAAUGUUUCGGCGGCAGCGUCCGUCGUUGGGGAAAAUGCUUCGGCGGCAGCAUCUGUUGUUGGCGAGAAUGUGAGCUCGGCUGCAGCGGCUGGCUACGAUAAUAUCGCUGCUGGCUACGAGAAUGUUGCUCAGGCAGCCGAGGCCGCUGGUACAUUCGCUCAAGAAAGUUGGAACGUGGUCUUGGACCAAGUCAGUGUUCAGAUUUACGGAGCGGCUACUCCUACCCCCUGGUACGAAGGCCUCUAUAGUGCCGCAGGCGAUUACGUCGCCUCUGCGACAGAGGCAGUUGGUGGCAACGCGGAUGCAGUCACUAGCGCAGCAGGGACAUACGCAGCUUCUGCUUCAGAAGAAGCCUCCAAGCAGUAUGUUCUGGUCAGCAGCAUUGUCUCAGAGCUGCUCGUGGGCAAGGAGCCGACUUUCAGCGAGAGUGUCUACUCGCGUCUCGCCGUGGCUUAUUCUGGAGCUGCCAACUCGCUAAAUAGUUUCGCCAGUGUUGCCUCAGAGACAGUUGCGAGUGUAGCUACGGAGGCAGGUGAGGAGGUGAGAAAAGCUACACAGCAUGUGAAGGACGAGUUGUAG